CAGAAUAGGACACCUAAGGCAACGACAGUAGAAGAGGCUCUUGAGAUAGCUAGGAACCUAGUAAUCCAAGCAGCUAAUCUAGCUGAAAACAACCCUACCCAGCAGACUAGUCUACUAGACCUAGUAGAAGUCUUCAGAGACUAUACUGAGACAGGUAGAGUUAGUAAGAAGAACUCAGCAAUCCUAGGAGAUCAGAUCUCCUCUCUCUCAAAUGUCUCAAAGGAGCUUAGAGACAAAGUUCGACGCCUUGAAAAGCCUAUUCCUGCACAACCAAACCAGCAGGGUGAUAGACAGACAGCUGCUCUUACGCAGCCUAUAUCGUACGCUGCCAUUGCAGCUGCAAACAAGGAGCAACAGUGGACUACUAUGCAGAAGAAGGCACCUCAAAAGGCUAAGCCUAGCCUAAAGGAGAGGCAGCUCGUCCUAGUCAACCAAGGAGGCCCUGCUGCCUUUGACGCCCUUAGGCUAAGAAAUGCCUUCAACCAAGCCUUCACCUUGAAAGGAGGGGUGCAAUCGCCCGUAGUCGCCUCAGUCACGCUAUCCUCAAAAGGGAAUAAGGUAGUCACUACCACGCCUGCUUUUACAGCCAACUACCUGCUGGAAAACCAGGGUAUCUGGAAGGAUCUAGUAGCCUUUAAGGUAGCGCAGCCAAUUACCUCGUGGUUUAAAAUAGUCGUCCAUAGGCUACCUACUAACCACGGCCUAGAGGUAAUCAAGGAGGAGAUUGAGACCUUUAACAAAGGCCUUAAAGUAGUAGGCACUCCCUUCUGGCUCACUCCUGAGUCUAAGAGAGGGCAGCAAAGCUAUGGCUCCGCCUGCGUCGCCUUUGCGACUGAAGAGGAGGCCCUCAAGGCUAUAAGAGGAAAGCUCUAUAUCCUAGGAGAGAGCCUAAGAGCAGAGAAGCUACGAGUGCACUAG